AUGAGAGCAGAAGUGAUGCCAGGAAACUGUGAGACACGAGAGCAACAGGGAUUUGACCUCAGACGGGGCAUUGCCCUUCAUUUCCUGGAUCUCAUUGGCUCAGAGAGUGAGUUUCAGUGUCUUCAACACUUUCAGUUCCCUUCAUACCGGAGACGCUGCUGGACAGUCACAGAGAUGGCAGGAACACUGGGAAUAUUUGGCUUAUGUCUGCUCUUUGCUGGGGUUCAAAUGACUUCAGGCAUGACUGUAACCAUCCCAAAUCAAGUAUAUAAGGUUGCGAGGGGAGAUAAAGCAGUGAUUCCCUGUGUUUUCACACCGAGUACAACCAUCACAUCCAUAUCAUGGACGGCAGAUCCGGACAACAAGGAUGAUCCAGAGAUUAACGUCGCUGGUUACUUCUCUGGCGGGAAUAAAAUUGCGAUAUACAAAAAAUAUAAAGGCCGGGCAAACAUAGUGUUGGAUCUGGUGAAAGGAACAGCCAACCUGGAGCUCCUGAGCGUCACCAACACAGACACACGGGACUAUGAAUGCAAAGUUCAGGAUCCGGAAGAUGAGGAAGGCCGUUUGUCUGACAAGGCCAAUCUCAUGGUCCUGGUGGCUCCAUCACAACCCAAAUGCGAUAUUUUUGGGAAGACAGAAUACUUCGAGAACAUCCAACUGAGAUGUCUCUCCGAGGAGGGAAUGCCAUCACCAGUCUACAAAUGGCAAAGCUACAGUGUCAAUAACGCCCCUCGACCGCUGCCGCCCAAGACCACUGAGCAAAGCGGGGUUUUGUCACUUUUAAAUAUUUCCAUGGACACGUCUGGCUACUACAUCUGCACGUCCACCAACGAAAUCAAAUCUGCGACGUGUAAUGUGACCCUGCGCGUCGAUCCACCGUACAUGAACCUCGCCUCCACGGGGGGGAUCAUCGGGGGCGAUGUGGCCGUGGCUCUUGUUGUGGGAAUCAUCAUCUGCUGCUUUUACUCACGUCAGAAGGCAUAGAAGAUAUAGAAGUGCUGGUGACCAGUGACCGGUCCACUUCAAGCCCUGCUCAUAACGAACAACUGCUUGUGUUCCAAACCCAUUACUAACUAUCUACGGCUAUCUUCUUCAUUUGUUCUUGUUAUGGAAGUGAAUCACUGCUCGCUUGUCAUUGGUCAGCUGUCAAAGAGGCGCAUAAUGAAGACAGUAAAAAAAAAAAAAAAAAAAGA